AUGCUGGCAGUCAAGAGAAGGCUGGGCCUCCCGCUCUGCCUGGGCUUCUUUAUUCUCUACCUAAUUUUCAACCUUCGAAGCCGCGAGUCGGAUGAGAGGCUAUGGUCGGCAACGGCAGCGCAGCAGGAAUCUCUGGUCGAUCCCAAGGUUCUCCAUGAUGACGACUACUUUUGGAGAAGGAUCCCUACCCACUACCCGGUGCGGUCCAUGAAAUCAUUGCCGACAGGCCGGCCGCCGCGCACGCUGCACCCGAUCCAGGCUGAAUUCGCCUACGAGACAAAGGGGGACCGCCAGCGCCGCCUGCGGAGGCAGAGCGCCGUCAAGGCCGCCUUUCAGCGGUGCUGGCGGGCGUACGCGGCGCACGCGUGGCUCCAGGACGAGGUGGCGCCCGUGAGCGGCUCGGCCAAGAACCACUUUGGGGGAUGGGGGGCUACCUUGGUCGAUAGCCUCGAUACCCUCUGGAUCAUGGACAUGAAAGACGAGUUCGACGAGGCCGUGGCUGCCGCGGCCAAUAUCAGCUUCGAGACGAGCUCACUGACCGAGAUCAACGCCUUUGAGACGACGAUUCGCUACCUCGGCGGCUUCCUGGCGGCGUACGACUUGAGCAAGGAUGAGAGGCUCUUGCAAAAAGCUAGAGAGGUCGGCGACAUGCUCUAUGUCUCCUUUGACACGCCGAAUCGAAUGCCCAUUUCUCGCUGGAACUUGGACAAUGCUGUCUCCGGAGAGAAGCAGUCGGCGCCGCAGUUGGCUCUGGUCGCCGAGAUUGGUUCGCUCUGCAUGGAGUUCACCAGGCUGUCCAUGGUUACUGGCGACCCCAAAUGGUUCGAUGCCACCGAAAGAAUCAUGCUAGCUUUGAAAGAGCAGCAAAUGAAGACACAGCUCCCUGGACUGUGGCCCAUCAGCGUGAACCCUCGAGAGAUGAAGUUCACCGAAGAUAACACAUAUAGUCUUGGAGCCAUGGCGGAUUCCGUGUUUGAAUACCUACCAAAAAUGGUAGCUCUGACUGGAGGACUUUUGCCGCAUUACGAGGAAAUGUACAAGAAGGCCAUGGAGACGGCCAUCAGGUUCAACAUGUUCAGACCAAUGGUACCGGAUGAAGCGGAUAUCCUCAUAUCAGGAAUUGUGCGGACGUCGGAGGGCGGCAAAUACACUGUAGAAACCCAGGGGCAGCACCUCGUGUGCUUUGCCGGCGGCAUGCUCGCUGUUGGUGGGAGACUGCUCAACGAGACGGAACACCUCGUAGCAGCCAAGAAACUCGUGGAUGGAUGCAUCUGGACGUAUAAGAAUAUGCCUCUUGGGAUCAUGCCAGAGAUCUUCUGGAUGGCCCCGUGCGAGUCGGACGCGCAUUGUCCAUGGGACGAGCGGAAAUGGAAACAGGCGUUACUGGCGAGAGCUGGCCUGAACCCCGACGACCUCGACAGCGCUGCGUAUAUCAUCAAAGACCGGCGGCUCCCCCUGGGCUUCACCGACAUACCGGACCGACGCUAUAUCCUCCGGCCAGAGGCGAUUGAGAGCGUCUUUAUCAUGUAUCGUACAACCGGCGACACGAAGCUGCUCGAUUCGGCUUGGGACAUGUUCGAGGCCAUCCAGGCGAGCACCAAGACGGACAUGGCGAACUCGGCAGUGGCAGAUGUCACAGUCGCCAGCUCGACAGAUACCCAGCAGACGGACUCGAUGGAGAGUUUCUGGAUGGGCGAGACGCUCAAAUAUUUCUACCUCAUCUUCAGUGAGCCGGAUCUCAUAUCUUUGGACGAGUGGGUUUUCAACACGGAAGCGCAUCCAUUCCGGCGAUUAAAUCCACAAAGAUGA